UGUUUUUACAUAAUGUUAAAUUGUAUUUAAAUUUAAUGUAAUUAUAUUUUUUAAAAGUAGUUUACACUGGCUUACUUUAAAAUAUAACCUACUGACCUAUUUGAUAUCUUAAACACCUAAUUUGAUAUUGGUCUUUGUCAAAGUUGCACUACACCAUUUCCCAGUAAUGCUCGCAUGGAGAUGAACCAAAGGUAACUUAAAGUAGCUUUCUUUGUUUCAAAAAGGCAUGGGAUCUGGAAACUUUUUUAAACAAGAAAAUAGUGAAGGGGUGACUUGUAUCAAAUGGUAACCUAAUAUUUAAAAUAACAUUUAGUCACAUCAUCCACCUGCACUAAUGUGCAUUUGUGUUAUAGAACAAUAAAUAUACUACUUGUAUUAUACUACCAAAGUUCUCCUCAGUUCAUCGUUCCUGUACUUUGACUACAUCAUAUGUCCCUUUUGCCAAAAUAAGCAUUUCUGUCACCAGGUACAAAGCGUCUGUCUCAACUCUGACAGGGCUUGAACUAAAGGCUAGCAAAGUGAUGCUGCUUGCGUUUAAGGUCAGUGCCUAUCACUAGGUAAACCAGACUGGCUCCUUAUUUCUCCUACAGAUGUUUUAAUAUGCUUAACAUUAUCCAAUACCAGCAACUGAGGUAGUCUAAAUACCACAGCAGGGACUGAUUAGCUUUUUCAGAUCACUGCCUUUAUUUGCUGUUUGCAAAGAAGCUUAAUCCAGUGCUGGAGACCAGGCUUCCUGCUGUGCACUUGGGUAGCUUUCUCUCAUUCUUUGUGUUCACAGUGGCAGAAAUUAGUGAGAAGACUUCUCCUGCCUCAGAAUUAAAAACUUCAAAAUAGUAAUGAUAGUAGCUGUUCUUGUGGGUGUUUAAUGGACAGUGUAAAGAGGUUGUAUUUGGUUGGAUUUUUGAUUUGCAGUUUUCUAAAUUCAUCUGCUGCUAUCUCCAGAAGGUUUAGGUGCAGAAAUGCAUGCAGCAUUGGAUUUUGCACUUGAUAAUAUUUGCUCUAUAUCGGUAAAUCUGGACAUCUGAUAAACUUUUGUCUUACAGUAUGAUGAUGCGGGGAUUCAUUUGUUUUCCUGAAACAUUUUAAAAUUCAAAUGCAAAUUGGAAAAUGCCUGAAAUUAACAAUCCUAAUAAUAAACUAUUUGUAUUCUGGGAGCCCUCUAAACCACAGCAAAUGGUCUCAAAUAGAUUUCCUUGGCCUGUGAGAAUAGACAAACAGAUGCUUCAGCUUGAUUUUCAAUAUUGCUUAUCUGUUCAUUGAAUGGAACUGAAAGUCAUUUAAUAUACUUGUGCCUCAGCCUUGUUUCAUCUGAAUUGAGCUUUCUUGUGUAAAGUUACUAAAAACAAAGGCCAUGAUUUGAAAGUCCGAGAUUUGGUCUGCUUUCUUACCAAACACCAAAACUACACAUUGGGCUGUUUGUAGGAUCCAAUUAUUUGGGAAGGAAGAAGGGGACAAGUGGGUAUUCUGGGGCCCAUGCCCCCUGGAUGUAGCUUAAAAAAAAAAAAAAACCACAGGUGACCCAGGUGCUUGUUAAACCCAGAGAAAAUAUUGGAUUUUAGGAGUUUUAAAGAAGUAUAAUUGGGCUGCAGUAUCAGUAUUCACAGUGAUUUAUAAUUUAUAUAAAGGAUGAAGACUUUCCAAUCUUCUUCUGUUCCAUUGCAUAACAUUGGAUGGCUUUGUACAUAUUUUGGCCUUUCUGACAAUAACUUGAGGUCCCUUGAAGGUCGGGUGUGGGGGGGAGGGUGAAUGUCCCCUUUGCCUCCCUGGUAGCAAAUGGCUGUUGUCAUGUUGCUAAAUGUAGUAAAUUGCAGGUCUUUUAUUAAUAAAAAAUUUGUUUUGGACAUUUUCUUUUAGCUUAGAGACAUACUGUCUCCACAAGGAAGAAAAAUUUUAAAACCUGCUUACCUAGUGACUUAACUUCCAAAAUAUGUAUUUAGAUUAUCUAUACAAACUGCAGGAAACCAGGGAGAUUUCUGCUUCAAGUGUAAAUCUGUAGUAUAAGUUUUUCUUCUUACAAAAGCCUGAACGUUGAUGACUGCAACAAAUAAAUUUAUUGUUGAAGUGGUGCUAGCACAGUUCCUCUUUCCUUUAUAUAUGUUUAUUAAUGUUCUAAUGCCAUUAGUAAGAAAAAUCCCAUAUUUUAUGCUUAAAAUUGAUAUUUUUGCAGUUUAAUAAUUUAUCAAAACUUUUUCUAUUGAAACUGAAAUUCUUACUCUAAACAUUGUAUUUGGUUUUAGUUGUGUAUAAGUACAAGUUCAUCAGGCUUAUUGGUACAUAAAUAAAAGUAAAGUUUCAGGAAAUUCAGAGUGUGCUUUUGAAUGUAUUUGUGUAUAAUAUUGGCUUCUUAACAGACCUCCUGUUGCACUGCAUCGAUAAGGAUUUAUUUUAUUAACAGGAAAAAGAAAAUACACACAAUCACUGCUGUGAUAUUUUCUAUAUAUUUUUAAUUUGCCAGCAAAAGCUACAAGGUUUUUGUAAUAGACUUGGCUAUAUCCUUUAGGUUUUGGUUUUUAUAGAAACUUUUACUACUUAAAAAUAAUUCCUUUCUUUGUUGCAUGUAUUAGAAACAAUGAGGAAAAGCUGAAGUCUGCCCAAGCCAGGUGUUUCUUGCUGGCAGCCUGCUCCCUAAUGACUCUGGCGCUCAUACAGCAGCUGCCUGCUAGUCUCCUUUGUAUGGCCUAUUGUUGCUGCACACCCCUCGUUAAUACACAUGCUGCCUGGGGCAGACCCUGAGAAUGACAUCAACUUGCUUAUCUUAGAAACCUACAAACCUGAUACAGGGUGGGGAGGUUGCCUUGCAUCUGCCUGGCCAACUAAUUGUGAAUUCUCUGGCCUAUGAUUGGCUGUUGUUCCACUCAGUAAUAGGUUAAGCAAAGACAUUGCCAUUCCAUCUGUUCAACCAUUCAUUGUUCUGCUUGCUUGCCUGGAAGUCUGCAGCUGAAAUCGUGUUAAGGAGUUGCUUCUGGAACUGCUACAAGAAACCAAUGUCUCUGUGUUUUCCAGCUAACGAAUACGGGACACUUUAUAUUCAGGAAUACAGGAAAAACAGCAAAGUGGAAUCGAGUACAUGCAGCAGCUUCAUGGGCUUGAAGGAUCAUCUGGGGCAUGACCUAGGCCAUCUUUAUGUGGAGCGCACUGACACACAAAUAAAUGCAGUUGGAUCUUGGUCAAUGGUGGAGAAACCAACAAUGGAUAAAGUUAACUCUAGGAAGGAAGAUGCAGAUAAGGAGGCAUCUGAGGAGACUGGAAGCUCCAGUUGUGAUUCAGAAGAGAGCACAAAUUCUGAUAACGAGUCAGAGAGACUGAAUAACAUUACAGCAGAAUCACAUCUGCUACCUAAGACUCACCGACAACUGUGCAGGUCUCCCUGCUUACAGCCUCAUGUACGAAAACGUAACGAAAUCUUACAAGACCUUAAGAUAGAGGAGGCCCAGAUAGUAUCUAAGGAAGUAAAGAAGCCCCCUGAUGUGGUGAAGGAAUAUCAAACCAAACUGGAGUUUGCACUUAAGUUAGGUUACUCUGAAGAACAGGUUCAACUUGUGCUAAAUAAGCUUGGCACUGAUGCUUUAAUCAAUGAUAUUUUGGGAGAACUUGUCAAACUUGGAAAUAAAACUGAGACUGACCAGCCUGUAAAUAAUGUUAACACUAACAUAAUGCGUGAAGCAUCUUCCAUAGAGUCUCAGAGGUCUGAGUCUCCAUUUCAGGAGGAUGUGACUGAAGAUGGAGAUAACCUGAGGCCAAUAGUUAUUGAUGGCAGCAAUGUGGCAAUGAGCCAUGGGAACAAAGAAGUAUUUUCUUGUAGAGGAAUAAAAUUGGCAGUAGACUGGUUUUUGGAAAGACGCCACAAAGAUGUUACAGUGUUUGUGCCAGCAUGGAGAAAAGAACAGUCAAGACCUGACGCUCUUAUCACAGAUCAAGAAAUCCUGCGCAAGUUAGAAAAAGAGAAAAUUCUGGUGUUUACACCAUCCCGUCGUGUGCAGGGGAGAAGGGUGGUAUGCUAUGAUGACAGAUUCAUAGUGAAGCUGGCCUUUGAGUCAGAUGGUAUCAUUGUGUCUAAUGAUAACUACAGGGAUCUAGCUAAUGAAAAGCCAGAAUGGAAAAAGUUCAUAGAUGAGCGAUUGUUGAUGUAUUCAUUUGUCAAUGACAAGUUCAUGCCUCCUGAUGAUCCUCUUGGCCGUCAUGGCCCAAGCCUUGACAAUUUUCUAAGGAAGAAACCUAUUGUACCGGAACAUAAGAAGCAACCAUGUCCAUAUGGAAAGAAAUGUACCUAUGGACACAAAUGCAAAUACUACCACCCAGAAAGAGGAAAUCAGCCUCAGCGGUCUGUUGCUGAUGAACUUCGAGCCCUGUCUAGAAGCACAGCUGCCAAAGCUGCAAGUGAAGGAGGACUGGUAAAAAGCAACAGUGUUCCUUGUAGCACUAAGAAUGAUGGCACUUCUGAUCUCAAACGUGCUGCUCCAAAGAGGCAAUCAGAUCCUAGUAUAAGGACUCAAGUCUACCAAGACUUGGAGGAAAAGCUUCCCACCAAAAACAAAUUGGAAACCAGGUCUGUUCCUUCUUUAGUUAGUAUACCGAAUUCUUCAGUUGUAAAACCCCAAAGUACUGCACCUUUAAGCAAUGGCCUUCCAUCCGGGGUUCAUUUCCCACCUCAAGAUCAAAGACCACAGGGACAAUAUCCUCCAAUGAUGAUGGCAACCAAAAAUCAUGGAACGCCAAUGCCUUAUGAGCAGUACCCAAAAUGUGAGUCUCCUGUGGACGUAGGCUACUACUCUAUGCUGAACGCUUAUUCGAAUCUAAGUAUUUCUGGUCCACGCAGUCCUGAAAGGCGUUUCUCCUUAGACACCGAUUAUAGGAUUAGCUCUGUAGCUUCUGAUUGUAGCAGUGAAGGUAGUAUGAGCUGUGGUAGUAGCGAUUCCUAUGUGGGUUACAAUGAUCGGUCUUACAUGAGUUCACCUGACCCGCAAUUAGAAGAGAACUUAAAAUGCCAACAUGUGCAUCCACAUAGCCGCCUUAAUUCACAGCCCUUCCUGCAGAGUUACCAUGAUCCUUUAACAAGAGUGCAAAGUUACAGUCAUGAAGAACCAAAGCAUCAUCACAAACCUCCUACUCCAUACAUGUCUGUACAUCUACAGCAUCCUACAGUUGGUGCUCGUUCUAGUUGCCCUAAUGACUACUCUGCUCUUCAAAGUUUGCAACAUUCAAAGACCAUGCAUCUGGGGAGGGCCCUUGUAUCCACAAGAAUAGAUAGCAUUUCAGACUCACGUUUAUAUGAUAAUUCUCCAUUAAGACAAAGAAAGCCUUAUUCCAGCCAAGAUGGGCUUGGAAGUUGGGAUAGGCAGAGUUAUGGGAUUGAUGCGUACGGCUAUCGUCAGACUUACUCCUUGCCUAGUAACCCCACUCAGCCAUGUUACGAGCAGUUCGCCUUCCAAAGUUUACCUGAGCAGCAAGACCAGACUUGGUGCAUACCUUACUGUGGAAUUCCUCAAGAUCCUCCAAGGUAUCAAGACACACGGGAGAAGGUUUAUAUAAACUUAUGCAACAUCUUCCCUCCUGAUCUUGUGAGAAUUGUUAUGAAAAGGAAUCCUCACAUGACAGAUGCUCAGCAACUUGCUGCAGCCAUUUUAGUGGAAAAAUCCCAGCUAGGUUAUUGAAAGAUGAUGCAUCUUUGUGGUGUCUAGUAGUUUUCAGUUCAGCUCUAAUGCUGAGGGAGGUUUGCUACAAUAGCAUAUGUGAUCUCCUUCUCAGCAAGGAGGUUAUAUAGUAAUCCAUUUAUGUGAAAAUACAGUAUCAUGGAAUCUGUAUGUAUAGCCCCAUGCAUUGGAAGUAACAGGUUGGUUUUACAUUCUAACUUGAAAUUUUUAAAUGGUUUUAAGCUAUGUUCAUGACUGAAAUCUUUCCAGUCUAAGUUUAAUAUAUGUGUGUAUGUUAUCUGUGGUCUCCGGUAAUAAUCUUUGGUGCAUCAGGGGUUUAUAUGCAGCACUUUCUAUCUUUUUGUUAUAUGUUUUAUUAACUUACUGGAUGUUUGUCCUUCAGCUGCAAGGCAUUAAAAGAAUCUGCAGAAAAUUGAAAGAAUUUUAAUAGACCUGGCAAACAAUUUUCAAGCCAAGCUUAAUUUGAACUUUUAACAGCAAUUAAUUUAUUAUUAUUUAUUUAUUUUGUGGGCUUCUUUGUGCUAUAAUCAUUUAUUUAUAGAAAACAAAGAUUUACUAUGGCACUGACUUUAUUUUUUAAAUAAACUAUUAAGUUACCAGUUAAAGUUGAAAUGGGUAACGAUAUAUUAGUAAUUUACAGUAUGGCACUUUUCAUUGCUCUUUUAAGAAUAGUUUUUAAUGAUUUGAUUCGGUUGAUUUAGUAAGAGCAGAUGCAAUCAAAAGUAAACGAACUCAUUUCCGUUACUUUUUGGAUAAGGCAAAGCCUGGUGGUCUGAUUUGCAAAGAUUCUGAGCAUAUGCAACUCCCUUUAAAUCCAAUAAAAGCUGCAGCUGCUCAGAACUGCCUAAAAUCAGGCCAUGAAUGUUUCAGUUCAGAUACAUUGUUGUCCAGCUCUUCUGUGCUUCUGGUCAGUAGAAAUGGAACUGAAAGUUUAGGAUUCCAUUAAAUUGUUUUAUAUUCAUCUUUUUUUUUAAUUUGUAUUUGUGCACAGGUGUACUGGAUAAAAUAUGCUUUUUCAUAAAAUAUUUACCUGUUUUUAAAUGAAUCUAAGUAUUCUCAAUGCAAGUUUUGUAUUUAAGAUACUGUUCAAUUUUCUUGCUAUUUAUUAAGGCUGGCCUGAGACGGUUUUGUGUGUUGAGGAUAUGCAACAUUUAUUAACUGCACUAUGGUAAUAGUAUUGUAGCUGAAAAUGAUAACUUAAACCUUUUUGUAAGAUACUGUAUAUGUUCCAGAAGUUAGUUUUUGGCCUGUUGUAUUAUGUAGGCCUAAUUCUUGCCACAAAUAGUAUAGCUGUAGAAACAGAUUAAAAUAGUCUGUUCUAGUAUUAGUAAGGGAUAUUUCUGGUUUUAAGUUAUGGGUUUUACUAUUGCUUCAAACUUUUUUUUUAUACAGGGUUUGCAAUCAUUGGCAGAGGGUUGUAUUUACAUGAUGUAGUCAGUUGCCUAUAGUUUUAGGAUUCCAUAUAAAGUAACAUUGUUCAGUGUUGUUAAUUCACUGGUUUACAAUGUAAUUGAUGAUAAUUUUGAUAUACUUGCUGCAAUUUAAAGUAAGGCCCUGAAGAACCAGAAAGUACCUAUACUGUUGAUACAAAUUGUAUCUUUUUAACUGAGAACUAUAUUGAUUUGUAGAUCUAGUUAAAACACAAAUGUGUAACUAUAAUUAGAAUUUUGGGCAACAUUUUAUCCCUUAUUUAAAAUAAUAGAUUUCAAUCUAGAAUAGAGUUAGACAAAUAAAAAUACAGUAAUUUAUUUAGAUAAGUGUCUGUCUCAAUUUUAUAUUUUAAUAAUUUUGUUUUUAAAAAAGCUAUUGGCAUUUUCUUCCUUCUAAAACAUACCUAGUGUGAACUUACUAAAAUAAAGGUAAAAUGCUGCCUGAAAAUAAUGUCCAAGCACCUUUUGAAUAGGAAAACAUUUUCACUACUUGUGUGACACUGUGUGUUGCAAGAAGUAGGAUUAGGGUAUACAGUAAAUGCUUCUAAAAAGCAUUGAGCUUAUAGACGUAUUCAAUAAUCUGAACCAUGUUCAGCAAACUUAAUUCAGGAAGUGUUCUUCUCUACAGCUUUUACAGUUGAUUUUUUGAGGUGGGAUCUGCAUUCAUCUGUCCCUUGUAACACAAUACAGGUGGUGCUGUACAUAAGCUAUCCUGAGUUGUUUAGGGGGAGAACCUGUUCACCUGUGACAAUAUUUUUUCCCUUGAUUUUCUUGGUCACUAUCUGUAGAACAUGUUUUAAUGUAGAAGCUAGUAAAGUGCGACUCUGAGGUUAUAAACAGUAAGUGAGUCUUGUCUUAGUUGUACACUAAGAUUUUUUUAAUCAAAUUACACUUUUAAGUAGUACACCAUAGUGUAGGUGCAUCUGUUUUAAUAAUUAUAUUAGUGUUUUGUCUCUAAUGCAUUUCUACAUUUAUAUUUGUAUGUAUGAAUUAACUUCUACCAAAAGCUGAAUUCCUUUAAACGUCUGAAGAGAUGUGUAUGUAAUAGAUGCAUUUCAUUUUUUUUCAGUCAGGAUGUCUCCUAAUAAUGUAGCAAUUUGAUAUAUAAUAUUAAAUCAUUAGUCUUGUCUACAUUAUUAAAAUGGUGAGAGGAGUAACAGGGCACUGUAGGCUGCAGUGCACAGAUAAGAGCUAUCAGCAUUGGAUGCUUUCUUGUAUAUGUAAUACAGUAUUGAAUCAUUUAAAGCAAGUUGAUUGCUAGAAGCAUUCUUAUACCAUGUCAAAUUGUGCUUUGUCCUAAAGCACUAAAAUUGCUUUACAAAAUGUAAGAACAGGAGUUAUUUGGCAGCUUUUAAUAUUGUGCAAUGAUAUGCUAGUUCAAUUCCAGCUUUGUUAUAUAUAUAUAUAUAUAUAUAUAAAUGUACUGCUGACAAAAUAUUCCCCGUUGGUAUUUCUCUCUUUGUGAUUAAUAAAAGCAAAUGAGCAAUACCUUCCAUGAGCUCGUCAUCCUGGAAGAGUUCACUCUAGAUAUUUAAUAGCUUAGAGAAAUGACACACCAGUAUGUAUAGGACAGUGAUAAUACUGGUGAAACUUUACAUUUGAUUUAUGUUAAAUGCAUUGAUGCAAAUAAUAUAACUGUAAAAUAAGGUGUGAUUAAUAUAUAUAUAUAUAAGAAGUCAAACUGGGAUAUUGACUGCUUGCCUUUACUCUGUUUGAAUAAUAUGGCUUUCAUGUGUGGAUAAAGUAUUCAGAGCGAAGCCUUACGCCAUCAUUGAAAAGAGGAGAACAUUUUACUUUGUCUGCAGUAUUUUUAGGAGAAUUAUUUUGAUACAUUUACCAUAAAUUAUGUAUUAUAAAAAUAAAACUCUGCUUUUAUAGAUGUACAAUAUUUUAUAUGGUACACGUAUUUCCAUAAUACAUCCACUCACAACUUUUAUUUUUCUAGCUAGAUUGUCAAUAUUAGCUUUUUAAACACAUCUCAAAGAUACCUUUUUUAAUUAGUUAAAUGUGCAUGGGCAAUUCUUUUCUUGCUAGUGUUUUAACUUCAGUGAAAUAACACCAAGACUGAGUUUGGCCCAUAUUUUAUAUCAAAGCCAGUCUUAACGACUGUUCCCACUGUGUAGGAUUUUUAAAGAAUUCUUCCUUUUAUCUUUAAAUCUCAGUUACCACCAACUACUAUUCUUCUGAGGUAAGAUAUUGUCUUUGCAGGUAAUCUCUUUUGUCCAGUAUGUCUAAAUUAAAAAAUCAAACCAAACUAAACCCUAGCAAUUGGGAUGGCAGAGCUGAAAGUUUCACAUUCAGCCUAAUAAAAUAUUGUUCAGGCUUAGGGUGACUACAGGUGGCGUUCACAUUUGAAGGUCAGGAAGUGAACUGUUGCUGUGUUUUUGGCCCUUCUUGGAAGGUGUAUGUGAAUAUACAAAGAGAAGAGGAGAGUUUGGCCUUAGGGGUAGGAGGAGAAUAUCAUCUAAAAAUAAAGAUGUGGAUGAAAACCAGAGUAUCUUAUUUAGUCAAACCUAAAACUCUGCAGCCUUUACCUCAGGAAAGUGACAGACUUAUGAAGAAACAUUCUUGGCUGGGAUGGUGGAUGUGAAGGUUUUCAAGUCUAGGCACCACUAUCGCCACAGUAAGCAAUUACCAAAACAUUUGUCAGGUGAAGAUUUGAGCAAGAGGCUUUUGGUAUGUUAGGACUGAAAUACUGACACACGGCUAUCAUAAUAUCAGAAUGUUUAAAAAAUAUCCAAUUGACUUAACAUUGUUAUCGGACAGGUAUAAUACUGUGCAAUUAAGAGACCAUUUUUAAAAAUAAAACAUAGUUUAGAAGUUAUUUUUGAUUUACAAUGUAAGUUAUUCUUGUUAAUUUAUUACUUGCAUUAUAAAGAUGAGGUGGAAUAUCUUUAAAUCUAACUUUUAAUUACUAUAGAAGAAAAAUAUCAAAACAAAGCAAAUUAUUGAUUAAAGCAAAGAUAUCCUUAAUGGCCAUGUUUUGUUUUAAAAAGUUAGGGUUUUUUAAAUGUCUGAUCUCACAUUUUAUGUAUUUUGUAAAUUAGAAAAAAAUGGAAGCCAUAGUAUAGUUUAAGAAUGUUAUUUGAAUUAUAUAAAAUACAUGUAGACGUUGUUUAGCUUGGAUAUGUAAAUAAUUCUGUAGUAAUCCAUUUUAAAUAACUGUUCUAACUAAAACUUUUCUAGACAACUACACUUGUAUCUAGACAUUACAUUCACGUCUGUGGGAAAAGUUUCACUUAUGCUCAUCCUAAGACUUAAUCAGCAACUGGUGUUCUGAUGAUCUAAUCGUGUAUAUCACUGGGCAGUCUGUGCACAUGUGAAACUUACUCCUGUAUGUACUUUUUUGCAGUGCAUUACAAACCUUUAUUUUUAAAUAUAAAAUACACAGUAGCAGCAUAUAAAGGUUUCUACCAAAUUAUAGUGAAUUCAGUUAGUAACUGUAGAAUGCUAUACAUAGUUUUGCUGGCUCCGAAAUUCAGUUCUUAGAGUGUUCAGUUUUUUAAUUGUAUUCUACUAUAUCUAUGUGUUAAUGAUCUAAGUUAAAAUUGUUAUGCCCUCUUUUUAAAGUGUGAAAAGUUUGGCCUUUGUUCUCAAGAGAUUUUUUUCAUUCCUUAUUUAGUCUUUGUAAUAAUUUGAAACCCCCAUCCUGCAAAAAUGUAUUCAUAUGUCUAAUCUUAAACACAUGAGUAGUCUCAUUAACUUCAAUGGGACUACUCCCAGGUUUACAGCUAGGCAUGGGCAUAAGUGUUUGCAAGAUUGGGGCCUGAGUCUGGGUAUAUUUUAGACUGGAACCUGGUGAACAUUUUAAUGUGUAGGAUCAAAUUCUCUGCUUUUAUAAAUGGGUGAAAUGGCACUAACACCAGCAGAGAAUUUGGCCAGCACUGCACAUGUUCUAGUGAUUAAAAUGCAGACAGAUAUUUCCAUCUAACAAUUUGUCCAGAUUCUGAUUCACCCCACAUAAUCUAUUUUUCAUUUUGUAAGGCAACUUUUUUCUCAGGUGAAGUAUAAUUUAGCAUUUGAAAAAAAUUGAGUGGAAUUCUUAAUGAGACUGACAUUUAAAAAAAAAAAUCUCACCAACAAAAUACUAAAAUGCAUACCUGGUGGCACGAGUCAUGGUCUGUUUUGUUUUGUUGUCUCUCUCUCACACACACACGCACACCGUAACUUGUAUUGAUUAGGUGGGAUUUUAGUGUUUGUCCUGACGUCCCCUCUGGCAGAAAAAGCUUGUCAGAGAACAGUUUGGACCACCUGAUAAACUUAAACUUACUCUCUGCCUUCGCUGGCUGUUGUGUACUAUUUCUGUGAUGUGACUGUUCACAUCUGUUAGCAGUAUUUUCGAGCUUAAGAAAAACCAUUGCAAAACAUGUACAUGGAAUUCUUCUAUUAGAGAAAAAAUAAAGAUACCUUUUCUCACGA